AUGAGGGCUGAAAGCCGAUAUUGCACUGGAUCCUGGAAGUAACAUGGCUAUGUUUGUGGCCAAAGCUGGACGAGCUCUAAUAAAAACGUUUGCGGAGAAUCUUGUACCUGGAUAUACUGACUUAAGAUUUUGUUUAUCUUUAUCAAAGAGUUCUGUUGGCUGUUUUUCUACAAGUCCUAGAAGAAAAGCGGAAUUAUACAACAACCCACAGGAUGCAGUCAAAGACAUUUCUGAUGGAGCAAAGCUUCUUGUUGGAGGAUUUGGCCUGUGUGGGAUACCAGAAAACUUGAUUAAUGCUCUUCAAGCAAAUGGAGCAACUGAUCUUGUAAUAGUGAGCAAUAAUGCAGGUAUUGAUACCUUCGGCUUGGGUAUACUUCUUCAGACUAGACAGGUGAAGAGGAUGAUCUCCUCUUAUGUUGGUGAAAAUGCAGAGUUUGCUCGCCAGUAUUUAACUGGAGAGUUGGAAUUGGAGUUUGUUCCUCAAGGUACCCUUGCAGAAAGGAUCAGAGCUGGAGGUGCUGGUAUCCCAGCUUUUUACACAUCAACAGGUUAUGGUACUAUGAUCCAUGAAGGCGGAGCUCCAUUAAAGCACAACCCAGAUGGAACAAUAGCCAUCCCUAGUGAAAGAAAAGAGGAAAGAAUUUUCAAUGGACGUCACUAUGUGAUGGAAGAAGCCAUCACUGGAGAUUUUGCUUUGAUAAAAGCCUGGAAAGCAGACAAAGCUGGAAAUCUACUUUUUAGGAAAUCAGCAUCAAAUUUUAACCCUCCUAUGUGUAAAGCAGCAAAGACUACAAUAGCUGAAGUUGAAGAGAUAGUAGACGUGGGAGAGUUACCUCCUGAACAGAUUCACAUACCACAUAUUUAUGUUCACAGAAUCUACAAAGGUGAAAAGUUUGAAAAGAAAAUUGAGAGAAGGAAAGUAAGAAAAGCAAAGAGUGAUGUUGAACACCCCACUAAUCCUGCAGAAGAAGUCCGAGAACGUAUAAUUCGCAGAGCAGCACUAGAGUUCCAGGAUGGAAUGUAUGUAAAUCUUGGUAUUGGCAUGCCAAUGUUAGCCAGCAACUACAUUCCACCUUCUGUGAAAGUUACCCUUCACAGUGAAAAUGGAGUUUUGGGACUGGGUCCUUAUCCGUUAGAAAGUGAAGUUGAUGCCGACUUGAUUAAUGCAGGGAAAGAGACUGUUACAGUGGUUCAGGGAUCUUCCUUUUUCUCCAGCGAUGAAUCCUUUGCUAUGAUUCGAGGAGGACAUAUCCACCUAACGAUGUUGGGAGCUAUGCAGGUUUCUCAGUAUGGAGAUUUGGCUAACUGGCUUAUACCAGGCAAGCUUGUAAAAGGUAUGGGUGGAGCAAUGGACUUAGUGUCUAGCCACACAGCAGGAACAAAGGUAGUGGUCACCAUGACCCACACUGAGAAGGGAGGAAGUGCCAAAAUCAUGGAGACCUGCUCUUUACCUUUGACUGGAAAGAACUGUGUGGAUUUAAUCAUAACUGAAUUAGGUGUAUUUACUGUUGAUACAGAGAAAGGAUUAACUUUAAUGGAAAUAGCUGAAGGUGUUGAAGUCCAACAAGUUGUGGAUAACACUGCUUGCUCAUUUGAGGUGGCUGCAGACCUCAAAACAAUGGGUCAGAUUGGUGUUCCAGACCAUUACUAAACAAGUGAAGAAUUUUAGAUAUGAACUAUUAACUAAAAAAUAGUUGCAAGUCUGGUUGUUCAAGUCAGAAGAUACUAGGAAUACAGCCAUCAUGAAUACUCUCUGUAAUGCCUUAACAAUUGUCAUCAUCGAUUUUUGUUUCAGUAAAAUGUUAAUUUGAAAUCAUUUUUAUUGAGUUUUAUCUAGUUUCUUGCAGUAAUUAUAUUGUCAUUAUUUGACAUAUAUUUGUUAAUUUAUGCAAGUUUAUUUUAGGUUAUAAUUAAUAGUCAUUUAUUAUCAAAUCUUCUACUACGAGCGGUUGGGUUGGUACAUGAAAGGUAUUGAGUUUUGGGGAAAGUUUUAUAGCUUAAAUAACUGAAAAUUGUUGGUAUGCUUUAUGUUUAACUAAGUUUACUAUAGAGUUAUGAUGUGUACACUUUUUUUAUAGUCAAUUAGUAUCAUGUUGAGCAUUGAAUGCAGCUGACUUCAUUAACAGAUUGAUAGUCUAAAUCUAACUGUCUAGUCCUCAAAUUCAUGACAUUUUUGGUAGUUAUGUUUGUCAAAGCAUAUACAUUUCAUUAAUUUAACUAUUUAAAACACUUAUACCCAUCUCUGGUUGCUAGUUUUUAUCUUUGGACAUUGUAAUAUCCCAAACUUAACAGAGCUUUUAGAUAUGAUACACUUGUAGUGCAGACAAAAAGAAAAGUCAUGGCUUUUAUUCUUUUCUUCGUUUACCUCAACCAUACAAAAUAUAUUUGCUUCUCUUCUUACUCUUUGUACUUUAUACAAUGGUAAAACAAUAUAAAAUUAUAACUAAGGCUCGUUAUAUCACUAGAUGGCAGCACUAAUUGCUCUUUAUCUGUAUAAAAAUCUGACCAAGAUUAAACAUUUGCUCAGUAGGUACCAAACUGUGUGUAAAAAGUCAAUUUGUAAAAAAAAAAUAUAUUAAUUUGAAAUAAGACCUACAGUGUUCACCUGUUAGGCAUAAGAAUAAGCAUGAUUUCAUAAUUUUGAUUAAUUCUCUGAUAUGUUUCUCAGUCUUUUUGUCUGUAGCUAAGAUUAAUUGGUUAGUCAUCAAUUUUGAGUGUUUUUUAAAUUAAAACCACUGGAUGAUAUCAACUACUAGUGUUGUAAUGUCAUGUGUGUCAUAAAAAUGUCUUAUCUAAUGAAACUGUUUAUUUUAAUAACAAAUGUAACAUUUCAGAUACUAUCUUGUCGUGAUUAUUCCUUGAUGAAUUGAACAUUUGUUUAUUCUAUAAUUCUAAACCUUAAGGUUAUUAGUGCAGAACCUAACCUGUCAUAUAAUAAACAAUAUUUCUUUCAGUAUUUAAACACAUUAGGCUUGAUGGUAUGAAUACGUCAUUAAUAACUCCAAAUAAAAGAACCUUUUAUUUAAACAGUCAUAUCACAAUAAUUUAUCAAAGUACACAAACUGAAAACUUAAAUGUUGUUCAUGUGUUAUCUAAAGGAAAAUGCAGAUUUGUUUAUCACUAUGACAGAACCUGUAGUUAUAGAUAUUUGUUUCAGUCUUAAAUCUAAUGGUAAACAAUGAUAUCGUCAUUGAUUUUCACCGACAAUACACUAAUUUCUAUAUGUUUUCUCUGUAACUUCUAACACAAUGUGAAAGACUAUUUUCACGAGUCAAAGUAGUAAAGUAUUUUGAAUUGUAUAUACAGCUUUUACAUGGAUAGUUAAAAAGAAAUUGAUUCAACAGUCAUGUCUGUCAUUGUAAAGUAGUGGAAAUUGCAUAUUGUGUUUUUUGUAACUGUUUAGAUGUAAGAAAACAAGUGAAGUUUUUAUUCUGUAUUACUGAUAAUUUCACUAUUUUCAUAAUCCAGUAAAAAGUAAUUCAGGGUGGAUCUUAUAUUUAUUUAAAAAACGUAUUAUUAAAAACCUUAUCUUAUGACGUACUUAGAUUGUAUGAUAGUAGUUUCAAAUGUCUUAAUUUGAACUUGUCUCUUUUGUUUAAUACAAACUCCCUUUACUUGUAUUCAUGAUAGGAAAACACAUAUGUUAAAAAAUCAAUUUAAGACAAAAAUACAAAACUAUAACACAAAAGUUUUUGAAAGGUGGCCAACUGUAUUUAAUUGUAUUCAUGUGAUGAAGCCUGGAACUGAUGUUAAACUUUUUACUUCUUUAUUUUAAGUUGGUAAGGGGGUCUCAGUUUUGAAUGAAUAAUAAUGUGUUUGAUACUAAUGCUUUUGUGCCAUUUCAAAGACUGAAGCUCAUCUUUAUGGUUUGAUAUUGCACAUGAAAGAUUUAUUUUAUAAAGUUGUUCAUCUAUUCUGUAGACAUAAGGUCUAGUUUGCAGUCUGUGAAGGUAUAUGAAACGUUUUUAGUUCACCUUUUGGAAAUAAAAAAAUCUUUAUAAUAUAACUAAUAUGUUAAUUUUAAGUGUUGAAAUAACUACUGUCAGAUUUCUGAAGAAGCCAAGUUAAUAUCUUAUAAGCCUUCAUAUUAAAGUUGUUUUAACACAUUUUCUCUUGAGAACCCAUAUCCACAUCUGAAAAACAGAUAACUUUAUAUCCGUAAACCAAAGUUGUUAGAUACUGAUUUUUUUUUCAAUGUACAAAAAUCUUUAAUACAACAGUAUGGCAAUUUGUACUGAAACCAAAAUCCAAGCUGUUGCUGUUGGAUUGACUUAAUCCAAGCUGUUGCUGUUGUAUUGACUUCAUCAUCUUCAUGUGAGUUAAAUAAUAACACCAUAUAAUGUUGUGGUAAGGAUAAAUUUUGUCAUUAUAUCUCAUAGCAGAACCAAUGACAGAUAUUUAUCUACAGUUAUAGAUGUUUAUUUAUGAGCAUAUAUUAACAGUCACUACUGCUUCAUUGACUCACCCAUAAUGAUUUAUAAAGGGAAAAAAAAACAAAAAAUUAAGUCUCAUUUCAGAAUAAUGAAAAGAAAAUUUAGGAGUUAAUUAAAUUUUUUGACUAACAACAUGUUUUGUAAUAAAUCCAUAUGAUUGUUUUGUAUUAAAGGAAAUUUUUAAGUAAGCAACUAUAUAUAUAGAAAGGUAAAGUAUUUGCGUAAUUUUUAUUCAGUUAUUCCUGAAGUAAAAUUUUGUAGUCCAGGGAAUAGUUAGCCAACAUGAAAAUCUCUUAGAGAAUGCCAUAAGUGAUUGUAGUCAUUGACAUUAUUCCAAAGAAAAAAAAAAUUUAUAGUUUUAGUUUUCUUUAACGAGUUGUGUUUAUAGCUGUUUUUACAUUUUGUAUUAGCAAACUUUCAAGUAAUAAAGAUGUAAUGACACUUGGA